UUUGUAUAUAUAAGCAGAGCAGUUGGGAAAAUGAUCCAACCCCAAAUUCAAAAAACAAAAAGAAACACACAGUGACACAAAAGGUGGAGAGAGAGAGAUGACGGUGAUCGACAUCUUGACGCGAGUAGACGUAAUCUGCAAAAAUUACGACAAAUACGAUAUCGACAAACGCAAUCAUCUCACCGUUUCCGCCGACGAUGCUUUCGCUCGUCUCUACGCCGAUGUCGAAUCCGAUAUCGAUUCCGCUCUUCAGAAAGCGGAGACAGCUGCUAAUGGCAAUAACAGAGCUUCUGUUGUGGCGGUUGAUGCUGAGAUUCGACGAACGAAAGCUCGAUUGCUGGAGCAAGUUCCCAAACUUCAGAAGCUUGCAAUGAAGAAGGUUAAAGGGCUUUCACCAGAAGAAUUUGUUGCCAGAAAUGAUUUGGUUCUUGCACUGCCAGAUAGAAUUCAAGCCAUACCGGAUGGAACUCCAGCUGUGCCCAAACAUACUGGUGGAUGGACAGCUUCAGCUUCUCACACAGAAAUAAAAUUUGAUUCUGAUGGACGCUUUGAUAAUGAAUACUUCCAGCAAUCUGAAGAGUCAAAUCAAUUUAGGCAAGAAUAUGAAAUGCGGAAAAUGAAGCAGGACCAAGGUUUAGAGAUGAUAGGGGAAGGUCUGGAUACAUUAAAAAACAUGGCCCAGGAUAUGAAUGAGGAAUUAGACAGGCAAGUUCCUUUGAUGGAUGAGAUCGACACCAAGGUGGACAAAGCAACAUCUGAUCUUAAGAACACCAAUGUUAGACUGAAGGACACUGUUACCCAGCUGAGAUCAAGUCGAAAUUUUUGUAUCGAUAUAAUUUUGCUGUGCAUAAUAUUGGGGAUUGCAGCCUAUCUUUACAAUGUAUUGAAGUAAUGAACGGAGAAGAGAUGUUGGAUCUGUUCUUGUACGGCAUAUCCCCUUUGUGGGGCUCUCUCUUGCCAAUAGAGUGCUAGUGCAAUGUUUGUGUGUAAUUAUUAGGCCUGGCAAUUUGACACGUAACACGCUAACACGAAACGAAACGACACGAAAAAAAUGGAUACGGGUUUUCAUUUUCGAUACACGAAACACGAAAGUACACGAACACGAAAUUACACGAUAGAUUUCGUGUCGGAUAUGGGUUUUCAUUUGGGGUACACGAAAUACACGAAAGUACACGAAAUAUUUGUAGAUUAUAUUUAUUAUAUAUAUCUAAUGAUAUAUUAAAUAUAUAAUUGAGUAUAAAGUAUAUAUUUAUAUGUAUGUGUGGAUAUAUAUUGUGGAUACAUUAACAAAUUUAUAAAGAAUUGUAUACAAGUAUAAUAUAUAUCAUUCACAUUUAAUAAAUUUAUAAAGGAAAAUAUAUAUUAAAUCCAUUUUUUGAUUAAAAAAUAUAUUAAUAUUUUUAUAUAUAAUAUACACGAAAAGUACACGAAAUAUACACGAAACGAUUCGAAACGGAUACGGGUUUCAAAUUAGGUACACGAAAUUAAUAACGGGCGGAUACGGGUUUCACCUUCGAGUACACGAAACACGAAAAUACACGAAACGAAAGUAUACGAAACGAAACGAUUGCCACCUAGUAAUUAUUAAUGUUUUUUUUGUCUUAAUAUUCAGACAGUACUUUUGUAUCUUAAACAAAGUGGGUAUAUUUCACUCUAUCACUGUACUCCUAUAUGAUAUGAUUAUCUUUAUCAGUGACAUCUAUAUGUUAUAAUUUUCAGUGCUUUCU